AUGGCGGACACCAACAUUCAGGGACCAACCGAUUACUCGGUCUGGAGUAACUCUAGCCUGAUCGCGCGCAUCACAGAGCUAGAGCGCCAGCUUCAAUCCCAGACAGCAGAGUUCACAGCGCCGACCGAAGAGCCAUCGCAGGCUCCCCGCUCUUCCUCUGCGCCCAUCUCCACCGAUGUCCAGGAACCUGCGAUCCCUCUCCCCGAGGCCUUCAAUCCUUCUAAGAAGCGACCACACUCUCCUCCAGAUAGCGAUACGACCCCAGUGCCUGCGCCGUCGCGGUUCAUUAAAGCCCCGAAACCUCCAAAACCUGAUCGCAUUUUUGACCCCUCCAAAUACUCCACGCGGUUCAUUGCGCUCAAGUUCGCAUACCUGGGACAGGCAUACAAUGGGCUCGAACAUACAAAUGGAAAUACCACACCCCUGCCAACCGUUGAAGAGAUUCUGUGGAAGGCAUUGCGGCGUACACGCCUCAUCGCUCCCGAGACUACCUCUGAUAUGGAGCCAACCGAUAAAGAGCGCGUCCCCAUGCGCCCCUACCACCUUUACUGGGAUGGAUGCGAUUACUCUAAAGCAGGUCGUACGGAUAAGGGUGUGAGCGCUUUUGGGCAGGUUAUUGGACUGCGGGUCCGCAGUCAACGACCCAUGCCCAAGCCCCCCGCCGAGGGCGAGGAUGCGAUGAACAUUGACUCGGGAUCUACUGAAAAGGAGUGGGAUGAUGUAGUCGAUGAGAUGAACUAUAUCAAUGUUCUAAACAGGGUGCUUCCUGAAGACAUCAGGGUUCUGGCGUGGUGUCCUAACCCGCCCCCUGGUUUCGAUGCCCGCUUCUCCUGCCGUGAACGUCGGUACAAGUACUUCUUCACCAACCCGGCGUUCAAUCCAACCCCAGGGUCCAUUGGGUUCCAGAACCGUGCACAGAAUGGCAAGGGCCCGCGUUCUGAAUUCCGCGAGGGCUGGCUCGACAUUGAGGCCAUGCGCGAGGCAGCUAAGCAUUUCGAGGGUUUGCAUGAUUUCCGGAAUUUCUGCAAGUUGGAUACCAACAAGCAGAUUGAUAAUUUCGAACGCAUUAUCCAUCACUCUAGUAUCGAAGCCGUCAAUCCCAAGGUCAACCCCGUGGGCUAUAUUGGUAAACCUGGAUUCCAGGCUAAAGAGGGUUGUGUGCCCGAACCGGAUCUGAUUACCCCCGACACGGUUUCUCAAAGUGUCCCUCAGAUCUACACGUUCAACCUCCACGGUUCGGCCUUCUUGUGGCACCAGGUGCGCCACAUGGUAGCAAUUCUGUUCCUAGUCGGACAGGGACUCGAGUCCCCAUCUAUCGUUCCUGAACUGCUGGACAUUGCCAAGAAUCCGCGAAAGCCGACCUAUGCAAUGGCUGAUGAUGCUCCACUGGUCCUUUGGGACUGCAUUUUCCCCGACAUAGAGUCUGGCAGUCGUCUGGAUUCCUUGAACUGGGUCUAUGCUGGUGACAGCCCUGCAAACAGCAGGGGAAGCGCCAAGGGUGAUAGCAAGUUCGGGAUGCGGGGCACCGUUGAAAGUUUGUGGACAGUCUGGAGAAAGCGAAAGAUCGAUGAGAUUCUGGCAGGUGCUCUGCUGGACUUGACGGUCAGUCAGGGUAAUCAGAACAUGGAAGACAUAGACAACCAAUGGCAAAUCGCGGGAGAUUCCAAGAGAGCAAACAGAGGUGCCAAGAUCUGGUAUGGUGGAAAUGAAACUGUUGUUGGUGGGAAAUAUAUCCCCGUCGAUGAGAAGUCCAAGAUGCAGACCGUGGAAGUUCAAAAUGCCAAAGGACUUGUCACAAAGCAGCGAAGACUAGCAAAGAUCGAGGCUGCAAGGGAGGCACUGGAAUGA